AUAUGUCAUUUGGUCUGUUCAGAUGCAUUUUGAUUUACUUUCUUUAAAGUGAUUAAACGAAAUCACACUUUUGGUGUUGUUUUCUUCAAAUAGCACCAAAAGAUUACAUCUUUUGCUAAGCAGAUUAACUGCCUCCAACUUCUUGGAGUUCUGGAUAUAGAUCUUUGAGUCUUUACUACAGGUAAUGAAGAAUCAGUGUGUAUGAACAACUAUUAUUGUCCUCAAAUAAUUACGGAGUAUAACUGAAGAAAUACUCAAAGAUAAAGCAACUAGCCACACGAAAUUACAAAUCCAUAGAGAAAAAUCAACUGCCAAGAAAUCGAGAAGCAACUAUGGAAUUUAAUCUAAUAUCAACCAUCAACAUAAACUCAAAAUGAAACUUUUGAAUCUUUUUGAAUACCAUACUGAACAACAAACUAUCAAGAAAUCAAGAUCCAAAUAUAAAAUCUCAAAAGAAAAAAAUUCAAAAUUCCAACUCAGGACUCAUGGUUUUAAAAGGCGAAAAAGGCGGUCCGCCCUGAGGCGCUCGAUUUGGCUUGAAAGGAUGCCCAUGAUGAUUCUAAAAUAUUAGGUUGGGAGAAAUUUCUCUUUGGCCGGAAAUUUCAAAGUUUUGGAUUGCAAAUCUUUUUUUCUGGCCGGUUCUGCGGCGGUAAUUUGGGCAGGAAAACGCAGGAUAGGAAUGGUGGGGUAGUGGUAAAGUGGUGGUAUUUUGGGAAAGUCAAUGUAAAUUUCAACUUUUAUUAAACUCCGUGCCCGGUCGAAGCGGGACCAUUAAUUUUGGACAGAGGGAGUAUAUAAUUGGAAUAUGACCACCAUUAUGAAGCUGAAUUAGGAUAUUGCUAGUAAAAAUUAUGUACCAUGGGUUAAGUGGAACCACGAUAUGCACAUUAAAGGGGCUGAUUUUUUGGAACUGUAUUCCAAGUAAGGACUCCUAGAAAGAUAUGAUCAGAAUUAAAGCGUUUUUAGGUCAAUGCCUAUUAAUAAAGAGUGUUGCGUGAAAGAUGGAUAUGAUUGGCUUUAGGAACUCGCUCCUCUAAAGUUCCAGGUGGUGGUAUGGCUUUGUGAUAUGGCUUUGCAUGCGAAGAUGAUUACAAACUAAGGAUAGACUAGUGAGAUUAUUGCCUAUUGAUAUGAGAUAUGAUUUAUGUGAGGAAGAGAUUGAAACUACCAAACAUCUAUUUUGGAGCUAUCAUUUUGCACAGAGGGUUUAUCAGCUGGUAUUUGAUUGUGAAAGAUACACUCAAAUUAGAUGGCCUCUCUUACACUCAAGAUGCAUGAGCAAAAUGGUUUCACCAUUUUGCAGCCAACCAUUAGAAGUAGUUGUUCAUUCCGAAGCUAUUUUUGGAUUUGAAAAAGAUUGUGAAAGAUAUACUCAAAUUAGAUGGCAUCUCUUACUAAUUUAAUAUCACGAAGCCUCGUAAGAAAUUUUGUGAUCGGCCACACAAGAACAUUCCCAAGAUGCAUGAGCAACAUGCCCGAGAAUACGGUGUAUGGUGGUCCCAAGCUGCAGGACCCAAACAAAAGAACAACACUAGCCACUCUGAGACAGAAACAUCAGAAGGGAGAGCCCAUAACCAUGGUGACUGCGUACGACUACCCUUCUGCGGUGCAUCUUGACAUGGCCGGGAUUGACAUAUGUCUUGUGGGCGACUCUGCUGCCAUGGUGGUUCACGGCCAUGACACCACUCUGCCCAUCACCCUUGACGAGAUGCUUGUGCAUUGUCGAGCUGUUGCCAAAGGGGCUAAAUGCCCUUUCCUUGUUUGUGACCUCCCUUUCGGUAGCUACGAGUCAAGCACCACUCAGGCUGUUAAUGCAGCGGUGAGGGUAUUGAAGGAAGGAGCGAUGGAUGCUAUCAAGUUGGAAGCUGGCGCACCAUCCAGAAUUACAGCGGCUAAAGCCAUUGUUGAAUCAGGAAUUGCUGUUAUGGGGCAUGUUGGACUUACCCCUCAGGCGAUAAGUGUUCUUGGAGGAUUUAGGCCCCAAGGUAGAAAUGUCUCUAGUGCAGUCAAGGUUUUAGAAACUGCAUUGGCUUUCCAAGAAGCAGGGUGCUUUGCCGUUGUCUUAGAAUGUGUGCCACCACAAGUGGCAGCGGCCACAACAUCUGCUCUUAAGAUUCCCACCAUAGGCAUUGGCGCUGGACCCUUCUGCAGCGGUCAGGUUCUAGUUUAUCAUGAUUUAGUUGGGAUGAUGCAACAUCCACAUCACGCCAAGGUUACUCCCAAGUUCUGCAAACAAUUCGGCAAUGUCGGGGAUGAAGUCAACAGAGCACUUUUGAAAUACAAGGAAGAAGUGACAAACGGUUCUUUCCCCGGUGCUGCAUACAGCCCGUAUAAAAUCAGCCCCACUGACAUGGAUGGUUUCCUGCAACAGCUACAGAAGUUGGGCUUCGACGAUGCAGCAUCUGCAGCAGCAAAAGCCUCAGCCGAGAUCAUUGAGACUCUGCCACCCAAAUGAUUAGGGAAAGCUGGAAGGUAAUUUCAUUUAAAGACUCUCCCAUGGGGCUAUGGAAAGUUAUGAAUGUGACUUGGGAUGAUGACCACAAAAUGCACCAUGUCAGCUGCUGGCUCGUCUUUAGCCUACAUGUUCCAUCUCCACUUUCGGGCUUUUCAUCUUCUUCCCCCCCCCCUUCAUGUCUUGGUUUCGAUGCGAAAUUGGGCUAAGAGCGUUUACAAUGGGGCGGAUUCUUGCCCGCCCCAUUGUAAGUGUUCCAAGGCCCGCGAGACUUUGAUAUCUUAACAACUGAAUGCAACGAUUUUGUUAAACAUAUACUCCCUCCGUUUUAAAAAACAUUUCAUGUUUAU